AUGUGUUACUUCUAUCAAACGCGAUGGUCUUGUGGCUACUGGAGAUGGGGCCAGUUCAAACAACAAUGCAACAAGGAAUACAGGACGGGAGAGACGUGUGGACUCAAACUUGUCUAUUCGACAAUCGAAAUGCCCGACCGUUGCAAGCUCUGCCUCGACAUUGACAAGAAGAGGAGAAGGAUCCAGAAGAUGACGAUGGACGUAGAGAGGUGGUCCCGCGAAGGAAACAGACAAGCGACUAUCGAGAGGACGUUGAUGGAUCUCGCUGUAGUCCGACACCAAAAGGAGGACAUGGACCAUAAACAUAUGGCUCGAGUGAACUGUCAGGACCUGGCUGUAUGA